AUGUGUACUCUGUUGAGUCCUCCCGCGGGCCGACUCCCCGAUCGUCUAAUUUCGAGGAGAAUUGCUCCAAUAUGGCUACAGGCGUGUCUUCGAGGUACGAGUGCUACCCUGCUCCGAACCAGGAAAUCGCUUCCGUCGCUGCCGCAGCAUCGCUGGCGAAGGGGGCGAAGAGCAAUCCUCUGGUGGCUGGAGCAGGCCGUAGUGACGACAUUACAACGGAGUAGUAACGAUGGUGACAGUGGAAAAUCGAAUCAUGACGCCACGAAGCUUCAUAUGUUCGUCUGGAGCUCUAGCAAUUCUCUAGUGUCGGAAGCCGACAGUGGUGGAGGCGGCGCCCGGCAGUCUCCACGUUCUCGGCGGAUCGACUGA